AAAGGAAAAUUACCAGAAGCUCCGUCCACACUGGUCCCGCACCUCAGGACAGUCCCAGUCCUUUCCGUCUCUCUCAGCCCCACGAUUUACCCGAGCCACGGGGAGUUUACGGCGGUUGAGAGCUGGCGGCGCCGCCAUUUCUUCGGCGCAUGCGCAUCGCUGGGUCCUUGAAUGGCGGAUGGACAGGUUUCUCCGCCGUGGUGUCUUCUGGGUUUGAAAUGGCAGAACACUUGUGCAUGGGCUGUCUAUUUACGGAUAUAUAAGGAUUGGCCAAAUAUUUUCUUUGCAAGACCGACACAUCUAUUGUCAAUCCUUGGAGAUAAAGAAUUAUCUCAUCCCAGCUGGAAAUGUGUUUUGUGUCUGAAAUGAAGUUUUCUGUUGUAACUCAGUGUUAUCCACUGGAACCGGGAGCUGAGAACACACCAGCAUUUGCUCACUGGAGAUCAGUUCUUCAACUGCAUUGAUUGUAGAAGGGAUUCAAACAUCUGACUGUCUGAAUUGCCAGAUGAUUGAUCGCAGUGAGAUAUCAUUCUCCUUCUCUCAGUGUGGGAAGGGAUUCACUCACAGCCUACCUGCAGACACACCGGUGAGUUCACAGUGAGGAGAGGCCAUUCACCUGCUCUGUGUGAGGGAGGGGAUUCACUCACAGCCUACCCACACACACGCCAGUGAGUUCACAGUGAGGAGAGGCCAUUCACCUGCUCUGUGUGAGGGAGGGGAACUACCCAGUCAUCCAGCCUGAAGAUACAUCAGCAAGUUCACACCACAGUGAGAUGCUCCACCUGUUCUGACAGCAGGAAGCAAUUCAUUCUGUCGACGGUGCUAAAUAUACAUCUGAAAAUUCCCCAGUGAGAAGACAGUAACCUGUUUACAUGGUGAGAAGGCAUUCACACACUCAACCAUGCCACAGUGACACCAGCAAGUUCAUAACGGGGAGAGGCCAAUCACCUGCUCUGUGUGCGAAAGGAUUCACUGAAUCAUCUCAACUGAAUGAACACCAGUGAGUUCACACUGAAAAGAUGUCGUUCACCUGCUUAGACUGUGGGAAGGGAUUCACUCGUUCAUCCACACUACAGAGACACCAGCGAGUUCACACCGGGGAGAGGCCAUUCACUUGCUCUGAAUGUGGGAAGGGAUUCAGUGACUCAUCCAAACUUGUGAGACACUACCGAGUUCACACCGGGGAGAGGCCGUUCACUUGCUCUGAAUGUGGGAAAGGAUUUGCUCGGUCAUCUCAACUGACUGAACAUCAGCGAGUUCACACUGGGGAGAAACCGUUCAGCUGCUUUCAAUGUGGCAAGGGGUUCACCCAGUCAUCUCAUCUGAAAGUACAUCAGCGAAUUCACACUGGGGAGAAGCCGUUCAGCUGCUCUGAAUGUGGGAAGGGAUUCACUGACUCAUCCCACCUUGUGAAGCACUGCCGAAUUCACACUGGGGAGAAGCCAUUCACAUGCUGUGAAUGUGGGAAGGGAUUCACUGACUCAUCCCACCUUGUGAAGCACUGCCGAAUUCACACUGGGGAGAAGCCGUUCACGUGCUGUGAAUGUGGGAAGGGGUUCACUGCGUCAUCCAACCUGCUGAGGCACUGCCGAAUUCACACUGGGGAGAAACCGUUCACCUGCUUAGAUUGUGGAAAGGGAUUCACUCGGUCAUCAGGCUUGAAAGUCCAUCAGCGAGUUCACACUGGGCGAUGCCAGUCACCUGUUCUGAUUGUGGGAAUGAAUUCGCUCAGACAUCUCAACUGACUGAACAUCAACUGCUCAGACUGUGGGAAGGCAUUCACACACUGAUCCACACUGCAGAGACAGUGGUGGGUUCACACUGUGGGGAGGGUGGUCACCUGCUCAGACUGUGGGAAGGCAUUCACACACUGAUCCACACUGCAGAG